CUUUGCUGCUUCUUCACGGCGGGAUGGAGGGCGGAUGCGCUUAAUUACUAUCUCUGUUUUUCUCGUUUUUGGAACCAGAGGAGGUUUUUUCGAUGUGCGCACUAGGUGUUGACGUUAAUUGUUUUCCAGCUCAGCUACAGCUCUCUGUUGGCAGUAUUUGUUAACCCUGUUCGAUGGAUGAUGUGAAAUUAGCUAAUCAUACAUCUUCUUCACAUUCCUCAUUAAUCUCUCAAGAGGAUAGUCAUUCUCUUGAUGAAAAUCCAAACCACCUAGUUAACAAUGGAAUUGUUGGUCCCAGCCAAGUUCUCCCAAAUUCUGUUGCUAAUGGGAAGUUGGAAGGUAAAAUUGAAUGCUCUCCAAGUCCAAUUGAUGGAACUGUGAUAUCUGAGAGUCCACAUCAAAUAUCUGAAAAUUCUGUAAUGUCAGCCAUAGAAGGUGGUCCUAGCCCGAGAGAUGCAAAUAUGAGACAAGAUGAGGGUAUUGCAUCCAAUAAUUCAGGUUUGAGUUCAACAGUUCCAGAUGAUAGACUAGAGGAACAAAAUCCAACUACCUUGAUGGAAGACCCCAGAACUCAGUCAGUUGAAGAUAUGUCUGAGAAACGUUCUCAAGAACAAUCUACUGUCCAUAGUGGUUCUGCUAAUGAUGUCAUUAUGCCAUCUGUUAUUUCUUCGGUUGAGGUUCUGCCUGAGAAAUGUCCUCAAGAACAAUCUACUGUCCAUAGUGAUUCUUCUAAUGAUGUCACUCUGCCAUCUGUUAUUUCUUCAGUUGAGGAUAUGCCUGAGAAACUUCCUCGGGAACAAUCCCCAAUCCAUAGUGAAUUUGCUGCUAUCAACGAGGUCACUCCAUCUGCUGUCUCUUCAGUUGAGGAUAUGCCCGAGAAACUUUCUCAGGAACAAUUUCCAGUCCAUAAUGACUCUGCUACAGUCAAUGAUGACAAUACGCCAUCUGUUCUAUCUUCUGAGGCAGUGGUUAUACAGAAUGAAGGUGCUGUACAAUUAGAUAGGCUCACAGAGGGGGAGAGAGUGUCGUGUGGAAAAUCGGAAUCUGUUGAUUCUCCCAUAGAUGGGAAACAAAGUGAUAUAAACAGAGGCCUUAUUGAUACAACUGCACCAUUUGAAUCAGUUAAAGAAGCCGUUUCAAAGUUCGGUGGGAUUGUUGACUGGAAAGCUCAUCGAAUCCAGACAGUUGAGAGACGUAAGCUUGUGGAGCAAGAACUUGAGAAAUUACAAGAGGAGAUUCCUGAAUACAGGAGACAGUCGGAAACUGCUGAAGAUGAGAAAAAGAAAGUUCUAAAAGAACUGGAUAGCACUAAGCGAUUGAUUGAAGAACUAAAGCUUAAUCUAGAGAGGGCACAAACAGAAGAGCGUCAGGCAAGGCAAGAUUCUGAGCUAGCGAAACUCAGGGUUGAAGAGAUGGAGCAAGGGAUUGCUGAAGAGGCUAGUGUAGCAGCCAAGGCGCAGCUUGAGGUUGCUAAAGCCAGGCAUGUAGCUGCAGUUUCAGAGCUUCAAUCUGUCAAAGAGGAGUUGGAAUUACUUUGUAAAGAGUUUGCUUCUUUAGUCAUAGACAGGAAUGCAGCAAUAGCUAAAGCUGAAGAUGCUGUUGCUGCAUCCAAGGAAGUUGAGAAAGCAGUAGAAGAUCUAACCAUUGAGCUUAUGGCUAACAAGGAGUCGUUAGAGUCUGCACAUGCUUCUCAUUUGGAGGCAGAGGAGCAAAGAAUAGGUGCAGCUAUGGCCAGAGAGCAAGAUUCUCUUAACUGGGAGAAAGAGUUGAAGCAGGCCGAAGACGAGCUUCAGAGUCUUAAUCUGAAAAUUAUGUCAGCAAAGGAUCUGAAAUCAAAACUCGACACUGCCUCAAAUUUGCUAAUAGACUUAAAAGCUGAAUUAGCAGCUUAUAUGGAAUCGAAACUGGAAGAGGAGCCUGAUAAUCAGGAUGGUAACACAAAAGGCGAGGGAGAGGAUCCGGAAAAGAAAACACACACAGAUAUACAAGCAGCUGUUGCUUCAGCAAAACAGGAACUUGAGGAAGUAAAACUCAAUAUCGAGAAAGCAAGUUCGGAAAUAAACAUCCUGAAGGUGGCCGCAACAUCAUUGAAAACAGAGCUUGAAAGAGAGAAGUCUGCUCUAGCUACCUUGAAGCAAAGAGAAGGAAUGGCAUCUAUAGCAGUUGCAUCUCUUGAGGCUGAAGUGGAAAGAACUAGGUCAGAAAUAGCCUUAGUUCAAAUGAAGGAAAAAGAGGCCAGGGAAAUGAUGGUGGAGUUUCCUAAACAAUUACAGCAAGCUGCACAAGAAGCUGACCAGGCCAAAUCAGCGGCUCAGGUCGCUCAAGAGGAGCUACGCAAAACAAAAGAGGAAGCAGAGCAAGCAAAAGCUGGAGCAAGUACCAUGGAGAGUAGAUUGCUUGCUGCUCAGAAAGAGAUUGAAGCUGCAAAGGCUUCAGAAAGAUUGGCCUUGGCAGCAAUCAAGGCAUUACAAGAGAGCGAAUCAGCACGAGAUACCAAUAACGCAGACUCUCCAGCAGGAGUUACACUCUCACUCGAGGAAUACUAUGAGCUUAGCAAGUGUGCCCAUGAGGCAGAAGAACAAGCCAACGUCAGAGUGGCAGCUGCACUGUCUCAAAUUGAGGUAGCCAAGGAAUCCGAGUCAAAAAGUGUUGAAAAACUGGAAGAAGUAACCCAAGAGAUGGCUACCAGAAAGGAAGCACUAAAAACAGCCAUGGAGAGGGCUGAGAAAGCCAAGGAAGGAAAGUUGGGGGUGGAACAAGAGUUACGAAAAUGGAGAGCUGAGCAUGAACAACGAAGGAAGGCUGGUGACACUAGCGUUGGAUUAAUGAACCCGAUUGCCAGUCCAAGGGCGAGUUUCGAGGGAAAGAACGAACCGUCUAAUUUAGUCAGCGUAUCUGAUGCCACAGUUACUGAUCCCUCAAUUUCAACUAGCCCAAAGGGAAAUAUGCAAAGAAGUUUUACUACAUUGGAUUCGUUCUCGGAAGCAAAGGCACCAAAGAAAAAGAAGAGGUCGUUUUUUCCUCGAAUUCUCAUGUUUCUGGCAAGAAAAAAGACUCAAUCAAACAAGACAUCGCAAUGAAAUGGAUUGGUUUUGGGAGUACAGAUAUCAUAAUUACACUGUCGAUAGUUUUCAGCUCUGUUUUCAAGUUGGUUUUGUUGAUGGAGAUUAUAUUCAAAUGGGUGAGUUUGGAAGAAAUACGUGAUUGUACAUGAUGGUGAUGGUGAUGGUUAUUUUUAUUUAUAAUUUUUAAAAUUUUUAAACAUAUUUGUAUGAUGAAGAAAAAAGGGUGUUCGUGCGUGCUAUUAAAAAGAAAUGUUGCCGUACACUGCCGAUGGGAUUGAAAAAGAUGUAAUAAGUUUGUACGUUUUGAUUUUUGAAUGAUGAGGCUGUUCUCCUAACGUUCUCUCUCGUGUAUCAAUGAAUGUAUAGGCUUUUUAAAAAAGCUACGAGUUACUCC